ACUAACUGCUUGGUUUGUGCAUUCAAGUUCACCGCAGCAACCAGAAUCCAGGAACUUGCAGUCUCAGCAGCCGUCUCCAGUUCAGGACAGAUUCCGCUCAUUGACCUCCUCCCCAUGGCUGCCAUGACCUCCCUCGGAAAUGUGGCCGCUAAGCUGCCAAGCACCGCGUUCAUUGGCCAGAGGCUUAGAAGUACCACAGGUCCAGCUUGCCAGGUGACCCUUGGCCGGCCAGCGUCGUUGGCGGUGAGAGCGGAGGCAGCGGAGGGCGAGCGGAAGAAGACGGGUCUCGAGCUCAGGGAGGAGUUCUUUCUGGCGGCCGCCACCGGCAAGGAGAGAGGUCUGCCCGAGGGCGCGUUCCUGAACGACAAUGUGGUGGACGGGCCCCUGGUGGACAUCACGUGGGAGCCGUACGGCGACACCUGCAGCGCGCCGGAGGGUUCCAACCUGCUAAAGGCUGCUGUGGACGCGGGUGCCCUGACAAUUGACAACCGCUUCUGCCUGACAGGGCAAUGUGAUGUGUGCAUCAUUGAGAUUGACGGCGAGGUGAUGCGGUCCUGCAUGAAGCCCGUUCCAACGGGACAAAAAAACAUAACAUGCCUCGUCCUUGAUACUGAUGAUGCCUGGGAAGAGAUGAUGGUAUGAAGAUUACUCGUAUAACUUAUAUUGCCAACACCAUGUUUUUAUUAAUAGUGUACUUAAAUGCUGUAACGCAGACACUUCCUCAGCCUACCUGGAUACCAUGCCUGUCCAAGAUUUUGCGCUUAGGAACCCCAAAGAUCUGGUGGAUCAGAGCCACAACUUCCGUCAACUUAUAUGGUGGUGUGGCUUUCCCUUAUUGGCUAUAAUUUUUCCGUGUCGAAUGCUGAU